AUUUGCUACAAAUAAUUACUCUUGUGUUUUUUCGUAGAGUGCAUUGUUUUCGUAAAAAAAAAACAAAUUAGAUAAUCAAAGCUUUAUUUCAAUAAAUGUCCACAAGAAAUUGUAAAUGAAUUUGCCAGCUAUUUCUCUACUGUUUACCAACUGUCUGAUGUAAGCAAUCUCAAUUUAGAGUUGCCUCGGUUUUCCAACAGGCUGAUGUCUUUGCAGAAGCGUCUUGGAAACUAAAUAAUAAGUUAACAUCAGGUGUUAAUCUUAUCCCAAGCUUUGUUGUUAAGGACUGUAUACGUGCCAGGCCACAUUCUAUCAUCUUUAACAUCACCCUAAGUAUCGAAACGUCUCCGAAUCUGCGAAAAUAUAAUGACUGUAAAGAUGACUUCGUGGGAUCUCGACGUGGCACAAGACCGUUCUGGCUUUUGUCGCGAUCACGGACUAUUUUUUUAGUCGUCAGUGGACGCAACACACUAUGUAUAGUAACGAGUAAAAACAAACGAACUGUAAUUGUCAUGGAUCUGUACUUUGAAAAAGGCCAAAGUGGUGGCCGAAACGUCAGUAAAAAAUAAUUUAUGGAGUUACUUAGGUGUAUUUCUAUUUAGGUCCAUUCCUUUUGACCCAUUUGCUGCUACCAGCGUUAAACAAAUCAGAAAACGGCAGAGUGAUCAACGUCUCAGCAAUGGCGCACUUCAACGCAAAACUGAACCUGGACAACUUGAACAACGAGAAGAAUUUCAACGAGAAAGAUGCUUAUGCCGAAAGCAAAUUGGCAUUGACGAUGUUCACUAAGCAUAUGGCAGAGCAGUACAAAGAGACGAAAAUCACGUUCAAUUCCGUAAGCCCAGGUUUGGUACGAGACACUAAACAUACAGAAAAAUAUUCAACCCUCAGCAAGUCGUUUCUUACGAGACUUUCUGUGUGGCCGUGGAUGUGGCUCUUUUUGAAGUCACCCAGACAGGGUUGCCAGACUAUCGUCUAUCUUGCGGUGGAACCAACGUUGCAUAAAGUUUCAGGAUACUACUUCAGUGAUUGUGAAAUAAAAGAUCCAAGCGAUGUGGUGAACGACAAAAAUUUGGCGAAGGCUCUAUACGAAAAAUCCUGCAAGAUCGUUGACAUCGAUCCUAAAAAAGUCGAUCUUUAAGUAUUGGAACUGAAGCAAAGUGAUAAAUAAAAAAAUAUUAC